GAGGCAUGGCCAUUGGCUGGGCUGACCCCGUGCUGUGCAGGGAGCCGAGGAAGUGGCCGCUGGAGGCUGGAAAAGGAACGAGGGCAGAAGCGGAUAGCGGGAGUUUGUGCCUCGGCUGGGCGGCAUGGAGGAGCUGGACGUGGAGCCUGCGGUCACUUUGAUUCCAGAAGUAAAUUCUGACAAGAAACAGUUAUGUUUCGAAUGGGGACCUGGGGAGAUGCUGGUGUGUGAAACAUUGUUUGGAUCAACAGAGGGUAAAGAGAAAAGGCCUGGCUGCCCCUAUGUCUACGUUGUUCGCAAAGAUCUAGAUAUAUACUCUCAGACUUUGAGGAAGCUUUUCAAUGAAUCACAUGGGAUCUUUGUCGGCCUUCAGAAGGAUGAGAAGGAAAAGCUUGGGAAGUCAAGGACCGCCCAGUUGGUUCGAGUGAGCAAAAACUACCGCUCAGUCAUAAGAGCCAGCAUGGAAGAUUCUCAUCAGUUAGCUAUUUCUACACAGGACCCAGCAAUCCAUAUGCAUCACAGCACUGAGGUGUCCACUUUGUCUGCAAUGGAAUUGAUCUGGAAUCUUUGUGAAAUCAUGUUCAUCGAAGCAGCACCAGCUGGUUCUCUCCUGCGUCACCUCCUUGACUGGGUUCGUCUUCAUGUGUGUGACGUGGACAACAUGCUUUGCGAUGUUCUGAGGAGCGAAAGCCCCGCAAAACACGAAAACUUCUGGAAUGUGUUAACUAUCUUGGUGCUGCAAGGUCGGAUGGACGAGGCUAGGCAACUGCUCUCUAAGGAAGCAAACACCAAUCCCACUUCAGCGAGCAUGUGCAAAAUUUUGGACGAGUUGAUGAAGAAGAUGCCUGUUCUCUGUCCUAGCAACACCCAGACUUUGACGGAGAUGGAGCUGAAAUGGCAGCAUUGGCAUGAGGCAUGCGAACGGUUCCUAAAGGAUGGGACAUUUGCUUCUAAUCCUCACAUGGAAACCCUCUGCAAGAUCCUGGUGGGAGAUGAGAGCGCCAUUUUAGAGAAGAAAGACCUCAUGACUACUUGGUACCAUUUUCUGGUCACCCGGCUGUUGUACUGCCACCCUACCGUGAAGCAUGUGGAACUCCAUCUCUACGCACAGUCGAGCCUGGACCUGUUCCUGGGAGCAGAGAGCAGCCCUGAGCCUUUAGACAUCAUCUUGCUGGCUGCCUUUGAAUUAGAUAUCCACCAAGUGAUUAAAGAAUGCAGCAUUGCCCUGAGCAACUGGUGGUUUGUAGCCCAUUUGACAGACCUGCUGGAUCACUGCAAUCUCCUCCAGUCGCACAACCUUUAUUUUGGUUCCAAUAUGCGUGAAUACCUCCUGCUGGAAUAUGCUUCUGGACUCUUCUCCCACCAUAGCCUGUGGCAGCUUGCAGUAGACUAUUUUGACCAUUGCCCAGAAUUUGGCAGAGCGUACUUGGAGCACCACAUUGAACGUAUCCCUCUGGACACAGAGCAUAAGGCCCUCAAAAUACUGAGGAUCUGCGAGCAGAGAAUGAUGACCGAGCAAGUCCGUAGCAUCUGUAAGAUCAUGGCUAUGAAAGCCGUCCGGAACAAUCGCCUCGGCUCUGCCCUGUCGUGGAGCAUCAGAGCAAAGGAUGCUGCUUUUGCUACUCUCAUAUCAGACAGAUUUCUGAAGGAGUACUGUGAAAGAGGCUCUUUUUCGGACUUGGAUCUUAUUGACAACUUGGGACCAUCCAUGCUGCUUAGUGAUCGGCUGACAUUUCUUGGGAAAUACCGGGAAUUUCAUCGGAUGUAUGGCGAGAAGCGGUUCUGUGCAGCGGCUAAGCUGCUGUUGACAUUGAUGACGGCUCGUAUUGCUCCUUGCUCCUUCUGGAUGACCUUACUGACUGAUGCACUUCCGCUCCUGGAGCAGAAAGAGGUGAUAUUCUCUGCUGAACAGACAUAUGAACUGAUGAAAUGCUUGGAAGAUGUGAUGGCAGCAGAAUCGAAAAACCAGCAGCUCCAGGAGGAUGAUGCUGAGACCAUGAAGGUGGAAAUGCUGAGAAUUGGUCUAGCGCGAAACCUUGCACGAGCCAUUGUCAAAGAAGGCACAUUGGAAGAAUCAUGAGGUCACUUUAUUGGAGCAGCUCACAAACUGUGUGUCAAUUACUUACUGUACAUAUCAUGGCUGUUUUUUCUAGGAAUAAAUUUCAUCUUUUGCACUUUUCUUUUUAAAAUUGCCUUUUGUAACAUAUAACCCUGGAAGAGGAAAUUCCUUUCUCCAGUGAAUUCAAUGGAAAUUGAGCUUUCUGCUUUCCUAGACUUCAACAACUUAAGAUUACUUAAGGUAAGUAACCUCCUAAGGUGACCCUAAUAAUGAACAUCCAGAUCUAGUCCAUUUGAUAAUCUAAAACCAACCCAAAUCUCCAUUCAUGCAGGAUCAAGGAACAAAAAUGAUUUAGAACUUUCUUACCCAAGAAGCAGCUUUAAUUCUAAUUUGCAGUUUUCGGCAUCCUUGCUUUCACCCUCAUUCCACUGAAUGAAGCUGUGCAGCUCAGCUUUUAAAAUAAGCCACAAAAACUUUCAUCCAAGCCUCCAUCUCCUAAGCAGCAGCCAACCUGAACUCUGAGCAUUAUUUAAUCACAGAAUGCUUCUGCUUAGUUGAAGGAUCUGUUUUUAUUCUGACUAUUGUUCUUAAGAGAAACAAUAGUAUGUGGUUGAGUCCUAGGAGUUAGGAGGGAGCAGGGAACACCCUACAGUAUUAACUGGCAGCAAGGCAGGUGAAGCAGAGUAGAGAAAGCAAUUUUAUUGAACGUGCAGAAAAACAAGUACUUCCGAGACAUAUUUACAGUCUUUUGCGUGUUUGGUAGGAAGCUGCAACUUCAGCCUAUGAACAAGUAACAUUCAUAAAUAACUUCUGAAGCUUCUAACAGUACAUUUCCACACAGUGAGACGACGGGAUCUUGCUACUGGGCUUGUACAGCAGGGUUAUGGCAGCACUGCUGACACUGAGAAAGCCAUUAGGCAGAAAGCAGUUGUGCCCACCCCCCUCCCUCCGGUUUCCUCAGUCAGAGAGAGAGUGACUUGCUCAUAGGCAAGCUGUAGCAGUGAAACCUGCUCUCUCUAGAUAUGCUACGGCAGCUGGGCAGACUCGCUAAGCAAAAACGUGACAGCAGAGAGACUGAAAUACAGGAAAGGACCAGAUCAAGAGGCAGAAGAAAUGCCGCCCUGUUCUCAGCCGCUAAACAUAGCGGACGCUGUCCUCCAAGUCUCUCCUUUGUUCAUAUGGACCAUGUCUGUCCCUUUCUGUACAGUUACAAGUCUGUACACAAGGCUGAACCCUCCAAAUAACUGCUGAAGCUCUUUACGUUGCAACAGAUUAGGUUGCACUGCCCAUAAACCCUUAGCCCAGUGAGUACCCAAGCCUUUGUAGGAGACAAUUGUUCCAUCUCUUCCGUGUUAAGUACAAGGUGUCCAGAAAAUUAGAACGGCUGCUUGUAAGACUGGCUCAGCUUUUAA